CGCAGCCCCUGCCCCACUGCCGCCUGCCCCAGGCCCGAGCGCGGUGGAGGAGCUCCCCGAAGAGCCGGGGUCCCGCGCCCCGCGCCCCCCGACAUGGUGGGCCACCUGCAUCUGCAGGGCAUGGAGGACAGCCCCAAAGAGCAGAGCCGGGAGGGCUUGCUGGACAGCCCCGACUCCGGGCUGCCGCCCAGCCCCGGCCCCAGCCCGCCCUUCUACUCCCUGGCGCCUGGCAUUCUCGACGCCCGCGCCGGGGGCGGCGCCCCAGAGCCCCCCGGACCCGGCGAGGCCCGAGCGCCUCCUCGCCUCCCGAACCCGCCUGUGCCCGAGACGAGAGGCCGCAUGCUGCCGGUGUUCUUCGGGGAAGGCAUCAGAGUGAGCCCGGAGCCCACACACGAGAUCCGCUGCAACUCAGAGGUCACCUACGCCUCGGAGUAGCACUUCCGGGACAAGGUCUUCUACGUGCCGGUGCCCACAGUCACGGCCUACAGUGAGACCAUCGUGGCCGCGCCCAACUGCACCUGGCGCAGCUACCGCAGCCAGCUGACCCUGGAGCCGCGGCUGCCCGCCCUGCACUUCCGCAGCACCACCGUCAUCUUCCCCAAGCGCGCCAGGACCAGCUUCCGGACCACGCUGCACUGCAGCCUGGGCCGGCCCAGCCGCUGGUUCUCCUCCCGCGUGGAGCUGCAGCUGUGCCAGGCGCCCGGCCCCCACCUCCUGGGCCCCGCUGCCACGCCGUAACACCUGGGGCCGGCCCGGCGGCGAUGGGCUGGAGGAUGGGCCUCAUAGACUCGGCCGGCACCUGGCAGGAGGGAGGCUGGGAGGCGGCCGGGAGAGCGAUGUGGACCGAGGCUGCCCUGCCGCCCACCCUGCCCGCAAGCCGGCC